AUGGCUCAAGACAAGUUUCAACUCAAUGUCCACCCUUGGCGCGAGGUACUACUGAUGCGCGCUACCGGUUACCCUCCGUUUUUCAUAAGCUUUUUACGUUUCACCUUUGCUAUUAUCGCUACUGGUAGAAGACGUGCUAAGUACAAUUAUACAUUUCAAAACAGGGAUUCAAGCGGCCCGGGGAUCUUCGCAUAUCCUCAGCCUGUAUCUGACGAGCGCUAUGUUGACUACGGCCUCGCUCAGUUUGAUAACCAGGCACACGCUGUUGAGUCUCUACUCAAUGUCUACCUCGCUCUUAGCCUAGUCGACUGCCGCCAUUGCUUGCCAAGUCCUAUUCGCGGCCCUAGUAGACAAUUGGCUCAGUUCACCACGAGUGAAAAACUUGCUGGACUCGUGGAGGAGCUGGACAGAAGACCAUACGAACCAAACACCCCCCUCCCUUCAGAUCUUCCGCCGCCACCACCCCCUCCUCCACGAGGUGCCUACAUAAGUGAAAACCUAAAAGAACGAGAGAUAGACCCUGUGUUCACAUGCGUGUUGGCAUUUGUCGUCCUCUCAUCCAUAGAUGCCUCCAUCCGCUGGGCCAAGAUCCUUACCCUACGAGUUUUACCAACAUCCUGGAGAUUCCCGGACUCUAUCACCAUUUGCCAUCGGCCCAUCCCUGCUGAGAGUCCUCAAGAACUUGAAGAAUACCGUAGAGAAUGGGAUGGGGCUGUAGCCUCCAUAUUCCAAAAGCAGCAGAGCCGGAGGUUGAGCUUUGGGCGGCGUACUACCCAGUCGGCUGCCCAGUCCUCAGGAAAUGCAAACACUCCUUCAAGUCCUUCCCCAGGUCACGGUCAACCAAACCCACGAGGGAAUGUGCCUCUUGCUCCCAUCCUUCUUCGUGAUGGCCUCCGGAUCCUAAGGGAAUACCAGAGACUCUUUCUCUACUACUUCGUUGGCUACAUGCAAUGGGAAGUGAUACUUGGCUUUGCCGCAAUUGAGCUUGUUCUUAAUACGAUCUACUUGGUACUUUUACAGAGGUCCAAUCGCGUGUGCAGCAGGUCUGGUAUUGAUGGUGAUUGCGGAUGA